AUGUGCAAAUAUCGCAACGUGCGUCUAAAUGCGGAUAAAACAGAUACAUUGAAGAAACAUUUGAAAAAGAAAACCAAGCCUCAACCAGGGCCCUCUGGAACGAAAAGGCAGUCUACAAUUGUCGGCGGGUUUGAAGUGCAAAAGCGUGUUAAAAUGGAAAAAGAAACUUUUGUAGAAGAUACCGUAAAAAUGUGUUUGAAAGCUAACAUUCCCAUGCAUAAACUGGACCACGCUGUGCCCGGUUCAAAUAAUCUCUCUUCUGGCGAUAUUUUGAGACGUAAACACGUCCACUGUACACCAUUGUUGAGAAAAAAGAAAUUAAGAAGUAACUUAAAAAUCAUCCCGUAG